AUGACAUUUAUGAGCUACACACGAGGAAAGGGAUAUACCCCUGCCUCUUCCUCCUCCCAUCCUAUUCAUGAUUUUGAUCACAAAGGGCUCUUACUGAUCUUUCUGGGAUUUGCAGUGUUUGUGUCAUCUUGCCUUGCAGCAGUCUCUCUUUACUAUAUUAUUGCAUUAAAAGCAAUAACAGACAUCUCUCAGGGGUCAUUACUACAUUCAUGUCUGCAAUUGAUGGCUGACAGCAAAAGCAACAUUCAUCAAGAUGAUGAUUCAAGUAUAGUUCCAUGGCUUCUUAGCUUUAAAAGAGGAACAGCACUGGAAGAGCAAGGGAAUUAAAUAGUGGUCAGAGAAACUGGUUACUUUUUCAUAUAUGGUCAGGUUUUAUAUGCCGAUGAAAUGUUCGUAAUGGGGCAUUUAAUCCAGAGGAAAAAAGCUCAUGUAGUUGGUGAUGAUCUCAAUUUGGUUACAUUAUUUCGUUGCAUCCAAAACAUGCCACACACUAAUCCUAACAACUCUUGUUAUACUGCUGGCAUUGCAAAAUUAGAAGAAGGGGAUGAACUUCAGCUCACCAUACCCAGGAGAGGAGCCAACAUAGUCUUGAAUGGCGAUUCCACUUUUUUUGGUGCAGUCAGACUUGUGUGAUGCUUUUGCAGUCUUUAUCAUUAACUUUCCAGCUUCUUUCAGUGA